AUGACCAAUUCCACCGCAACCACAACCACCACGGUCCCAGUGACCAAGUCCGUCGCGGACAUCACCCCCGCCAACACCCCCGAUAACGACAAUGACACCCCCCUCUUCUCUCCCUCUUUGAUCUCACCGGAUGUCGUCGCCGCCCUCCCAGCAGACUACACGGUGCGCCCUCUGCGCCGCUCCGACUACAGCCGCGGCUACCUCGACGUCCUGCGCGUCCUGACCACCGUCGGCGACAUCUCCGAGGACAUGUGGAACCAGCGCUACGACUGGAUCCGCGCCCGCGGCGACGAGUACUACCUGCUCGUCGUGUGUGACGGGACCGACCGCAUCGUCGGCACGGGCAGCUUGAUUGUGGAGCGCAAGUUCAUUCAUACGCUAGGCAUGGUGGGGCAUAUCGAGGAUAUUGCGGUCGAGAAGGGCCAGCAGGGCAAGAAGUUGGGGUUGAGGAUCAUCCAGGCGUUGGAUUAUGUGGCGGAGCGCGUGGGGUGUUACAAGACCAUUCUGGACUGCUCCGAGGCCAACGAGGGGUUCUAUAUCAAGUGCGGGUUUAAGCGUGCUGGGCUGGAGAUGGCGCAUUACUACUGA